AUGCAUCGACUGUCUUUGUCUUGCAUCUAUACCGAUACGCAUCGCAAACACGACGUCUACACUCUUGGAUUUUUCCGUUUUCUUUCUUUCCUGUCUACAGCCCUUGACGAGAUCAUCUCCGCCCGACCCAAGAAGACCGGUGCCGGCCGCAACAGCCAGCGCGGACGACGUGGAGGCCGUGCCGGUAGGCCUAGCGCCAAGGCUGCUGCCGUCGGUGCUGGCGCUCAGAACGCUGCUGUGAUUGCCGCCUCGAACCGCAACAAGCCUUCCGUCGUCAUCCCCGGCCGAAGCGGUAACACGGGUAGCAAGAUCAUCCUCAGCAACUUGCCUCUCGAUGUCACCGAGGCCCAGGUCAAGGAACUCUUUGCCACUACCAUCGGCCCCCUUCGCAAGGUGGCUAUGAGCUACCGUGCCAACGGCCAGUCUACUGGCGUUUGCACCGUCGAAUACCAGCGCGCUGACGAUGCUGCCCGCGCUUACACCCAGUACAACAACCGAUUGAUCGACGGAAAGAAGCCUCUCAAAGUUGAGGUUGUCGUGGACCCCGCCAAGGUUGCCGCUGCACCAGCUGCUGCUGCCAAGGGCGCCAAGGGUACUGCUGGUGCCGCCAACGGGGCCAAGGGCAAGGAUGGCCGUGCUGCUGCCGGUGCUUCGGCUCGUGGCCGCGGUCGUGCUCGCGGUGCCAAGCGUGAGGCUCGUCCCAAGAAGACCGUUGAGGAUCUUGACGCCGAGAUGGAGGACUACAACAAGCAGGCCUCUUCCACCGAUGCUGCCCCUACCGCUUGA